GCCCCGGAGGUCUCCGACCCCAGCCCACCCCCAGCCCACCCGCCCAGCCUGCGGCCCCCUCUUCCUAUUCCCCGAUCUCAGCCCGCGCCCCUCGGGCCUCGACAUCAUGGGUGACGGAGGAGAGGGCGAGGAUGAGGUCCAGUUUCUGCGGACGGACGACGAAGUGGUCCUGCAAUGCAGCGCCACGGUGCUCAAGGAACAGCUCAAGCUCUGCCUGGCGGCCGAGGGCUUUGGCAACCGCCUCUGCUUCCUGGAGCCCACCAGCAAUGCCCAGAACGUGCCCCCCGAUCUGGCCAUCUGUUGCUUCGUCCUGGAGCAGUCUCUGUCGGUCCGGGCCCUGCAGGAGAUGCUGGCCAACACGGUGGAGGCUGGCGUGGAGUCGUCCCAGGGUGGGGGACACAGGACACUCCUGUACGGCCAUGCCAUCCUGCUCCGGCACACGCACAGCGGCAUGUACCUGAGCUGUCUUACCACCUCGCGCUCCAUGACUGACAAGCUGGCCUUCGACGUGGGACUCCAGGAAGAUGCCACAGGGGAGGCCUGUUGGUGGACGGCGCACCCGGCCUCCAAGCAGAGGUCGGAAGGAGAGAAGGUCCGCGUUGGGGACGACCUCAUCCUCGUCAGCGUCUCCUCAGAGCGCUACCUGCACCUGUCAACGGCCAGCGGGGAGCUCCAGGUGGACGCCUCCUUCAUGCAGACACUGUGGAACAUGAACCCCAUCUGCUCCGGCUGCGAAGAGGGCUAUGUGACCGGAGGCCACGUCCUUCGCCUCUUUCACGGACACAUGGAUGAGUGUCUUACCAUUUCCGCCGCUGACAGCGAGGACCAGCGCAGACUCGUCCACUACGAGGGGGGAUCUGUGUGCACCCACGCCCGCUCCCUCUGGAGACUGGAGCCACUGAGAAUCAGCUGGAGUGGGAGCCACCUCCGCUGGGGCCAGCCUCUUCGUAUCCGGCAUGUUACCACUGGGCGGUACCUGGCGCUCACCGAGGACCAGGGCCUGAUGGUGGUCGAUGCCAGCAAGGCCCACACCAAGGCCACCUCCUUCUGCUUCCGCAUCUCCAAGGAGAAGCUGGAUACGGCCCCCAAGCGGGAUGUGGACGGCAUGGGUCCCCCUGAGAUCAAGUAUGGGGAGUCACUGUGCUUCGUGCAGCACGUGGCCUCAGGCCUGUGGCUCACCUAUGCGGCCCCAGACCCCAAGGCCCUGAGGCUUGGCGUGCUCAAGAAGAAGGCCAUGCUGCACCAGGAAGGCCAUAUGGACGACGCCUUGUCACUGACUCGCUGUCAGCAGGAGGAGUCCCAGGCUGCCCGCAUGAUUUACAGCACCGCUGGCCUGUACAACCAGUUCGUCAAGGGCCUGGACAGCUUCAGCGGGAAGCCGCGGGGCUCGGGGCCGCCAGCUGGCACAGCGCUGCCCAUCGAGGGUGUCAUCCUGAGCCUGCAGGACCUCAUCGGCUACUUCGAGCCGCCCUCCGAGGAGCUGCAGCACGAGGAGAAGCAGAGCAAGCUGCGCAGCCUGCGCAACCGCCAGAGCCUCUUCCAGGAGGAGGGGAUGCUCUCCCUGGUCCUGAACUGCAUUGACCGCCUAAAUGUCUACACCACAGCUGCCCACUUUGCCGAAUUUGCAGGGGAGGAGGCAGCCGAGUCCUGGAAAGAGAUUGUGAACCUGCUCUAUGAACUCCUGGCCUCUCUGAUCCGUGGCAAUCGUACCAACUGUGCCCUCUUCUCCACCAACCUGGACUGGCUGGUCAGCAAGCUCGAUCGGCUGGAGGCCUCCUCUGGGAUCCUGGAGGUGCUGUACUGUGUCCUGAUCGAGAGUCCUGAGGUCCUGAAUAUCAUCCAGGAGAACCACAUCAAGUCCAUCAUCUCCCUCCUGGACAAGCACGGGAGGAACCACAAGGUGCUCGAUGUGCUGUGUUCCCUCUGUGUGUGCAAUGGCGUGGCCGUGCGCUCCAACCAAGAUCUCAUUACCGAGAACUUGCUCCCUGGCCGUGAGCUUCUGCUGCAGACAAGCCUCAUCAACUAUGUCACCAGCAUCCGCCCCAACAUCUUUGUGGGCCGAGCAGAGGGCUCCACACAGUACGGCAAAUGGUACUUUGAGGUGAUGGUGGAUGAGGUGGCUCCGUUCCUGACAGCUCAGGCCACCCACCUGAGGGUGGGCUGGGCCCUCACUGAGGGCUACAGCCCUUACCCCGGUGGCGGCGAGGGCUGGGGCGGCAACGGGGUCGGUGAUGACCUCUAUUCCUACGGAUUUGAUGGGCUGCACCUCUGGACAGGACACGUGGCACGCCCAGUGACUUCCCCAGGGCAGCACCUCCUGGCCCCUGAGGAUGUCGUCAGCUGCUGCCUGGACCUCAGCGUGCCAUCCAUCUCCUUCCGAAUCAAUGGCUGUCCUGUGCAGGGCGUCUUUGAGGCCUUCAACCUGGAUGGACUCUUCUUCCCUGUUGUCAGUUUCUCGGCUGGUGUCAAGGUACGGUUCCUUCUUGGUGGCCGCCAUGGCGAAUUCAAGUUCCUCCCUCCACCUGGCUAUGCCCCAUGCCAUGAAGCUGUGCUCCCUCGAGAGCGACUUCAUCUGGAGCCCAUCAAGGAGUAUCGGCGGGAGGGGCCUCGAGGGCCCCACCUGGUGGGCCCCAGCCGCUGCCUCUCACACACUGACUUUGUGCCCUGCCCUGUGGACACUGUCCAGAUUGUCCUGCCUCCCCAUCUGGAACGCAUUCGGGAGAAGCUGGCAGAGAACAUCCAUGAACUCUGGGCGCUGACUCGCAUCGAGCAGGGCUGGACCUAUGGCCCGGUUCGGGAUGACAAUAAGAGGCUGCACCCGUGUCUCGUGGACUUCCACAGCCUACCAGAGCCCGAGAGGAAUUACAACCUGCAGAUGUCGGGGGAGACGCUCAAGACUCUGCUGGCACUGGGCUGCCACGUGGGCAUGGCGGAUGAGAAGGCGGAGGACAACCUCAAGAAGACCAAACUCCCCAAGACGUACAUGAUGAGCAAUGGGUACAAGCCGGCGCCACUAGACCUGAGCCACGUGCGGCUGACACCGGCGCAGAUGACGCUGGUGGACCGGCUGGCAGAGAAUGGGCACAACGUGUGGGCACGAGACCGUGUGGCCCAGGGCUGGAGCUACAGCGCUGUGCAGGACAUCCCAGCGCGCCGAAACCCUCGCCUCGUGCCCUAUCGGCUGCUGGACGAGGCCACCAAGCGCAGCAACCGGGACAGCCUCUGCCAGGCCGUGCGCACCCUGCUGGGCUAUGGCUACAACAUUGAGCCGCCUGACCAGGAGCCCAGUCAGGUGGAGAGCCAGUCUCGUUGGGACCGGGUGCGCAUCUUCCGGGCAGAGAAAUCCUACGCGGUGCAGAGCGGCCGCUGGUACUUUGAGUUCGAGGCAGUCACCACCGGUGAGAUGCGAGUGGGCUGGGCGAGGCCUGAGCUGCGGCCCGACGUGGAGCUGGGAGCUGACGAGCUGGCCUAUGUCUUCAAUGGGCACCGCGGCCAGCGCUGGCACUUGGGCAGUGAACCGUUUGGGCGUCCCUGGCAGUCAGGCGAUGUCGUGGGCUGCAUGAUCGACCUCACAGAGAACACCAUUAUCUUCACCCUCAAUGGCGAGGUCCUGAUGUCCGAUUCAGGCUCUGAAACGGCCUUCCGGGAAAUUGAGGUUGGGGAUGGCUUCCUGCCUGUCUGCAGCUUGGGACCUGGUCAGGUGGGUCACCUGAACCUGGGCCAGGAUGUGAGCUCCCUGCGGUUCUUUGCCAUCUGUGGCCUCCAGGAAGGCUUUGAGCCAUUCGCCAUCAACAUGCAGCGCCCGGUCACCACCUGGUUCAGCAAAAGCCUUCCCCAAUUUGAGGCUGUACCCCUUGAGCACCCCCACUAUGAGGUGGCCCGCGUGGAUGGCACCGUGGAUACACCGCCCUGCCUGCGCCUGAGCCACCGCACCUGGGGCUCCCAGAACAGUCUCGUGGAGAUGCUCUUUCUCCGGCUCAGCCUUCCGGUCCAGUUCCACCAGCACUUCCGCUGCACGGCUGGGGCCACGCCCCUGGCGCCCCCAGGCCUGCAGCCACCCGCCGAGGAUGAGGUCAGAGCGGCAGAACCGGACCCUGACUAUGAAAACCUGCGCCGCUCAGCGGGGCGCUGGGGCGAGGCUGAGGGGGCCAAAGAAGGAACUGCCAAGGAGGGGGCACCCGGGGGCAACGCCCAGGCGGGGGCAGAGGCCCCGCCCGCCAGGGUGGAGAACGAGAAGGAUGCUACCACAGAGAAGAACAAGAAGAGAGGGUUCUUAUUCAAGGCCAAGAAGGCCGCCAUGAUGACCCAGCCACCAGCCACUCCCACUCUGCCUCGACUCCCUCGAGAGGUGGUGCCUGCCGACAACCGUGAUGACCCCGAGAUCAUCCUCAAUACCACCACGUACUAUUACUCCGUGAGGGUCUUCGCUGGCCAGGAGCCCAGCUGUGUGUGGGUGGGCUGGGUCACCCCCGACUACCAUCAACACGACAUGAACUUCGACCUCAGCAAGGUCCGGGCAGUGACGGUGACCAUGGGGGACGAACAAGGCAACGUCCACAGCAGCCUCAAGUGCAGCAACUGCUACAUGGUGUGGGGCGGGGACUUCGUGAGCUCGGGGCAGCAGGGCCGGAUCAGCCACACGGACCUUGUCAUUGGCUGCCUCGUGGACUUGGCCACUGGCCUGAUGACAUUUACUGCCAAUGGCAAAGAAAGCAACACCUUUUUCCAGGUGGAGCCCAACACGAAGCUGUUCCCUGCCGUCUUUGUCCUGCCCACCCACCAGAAUGUCAUCCAGUUUGAGCUGGGGAAGCAGAAGAACAUCAUGCCGCUGUCAGCCGCCAUGUUUCUGAGUGAGCGCAAGAACCCGGCCCCGCAGUGCCCGCCUCGGCUCGAGGUGCAGAUGCUGAUGCCCGUCUCGUGGAGCCGGAUGCCCAACCACUUCCUGCAGGUGGAGACGCGGCGAGCCGGCGAGCGGCUGGGCUGGGCCGUGCAGUGCCAGGAGCCACUGACCAUGAUGGCGUUGCACAUCCCCGAGGAGAACCGAUGCAUGGACAUCCUGGAGCUGUCGGAGCGCCUGCACCUGCAGCGGUUCCACUCCCACACCCUGAGCCUCUACCGCGCCGUGUGCGCCCUGGGCAACAACCGCGUGGCGCAUGCUCUGUGCAGCCACGUGGACCAGGCGCAGCUGUUACACGCCCUGGAGGACGCGCACCUGCCGGGCCCGCUGCGGGCGGGCUACUACGACCUGCUCAUCAGCAUCCAUCUGGAAAGUGCCUGCCGCAGCCGCCGCUCCAUGCUCUCUGAGUACAUCGUGCCCCUCACGGAGGAGACCCGCGCCAUCACUCUCUUUCCGCCCGGAAAGAGUGCGGAAAACGGCCCCCGCCGCCACCGCCUGCCUGGCGUUGGCGUCACCACCUCGCUGCGGCCUCCACACCAUUUUUCACCGCCCUGUUUCGUGGCUGCCCUGCCGGCUGCCGGGGCGGCAGAAGCCCCGGCCCGCCUCAGCCCCAGCAUCCCUCUCGAGGCCCUGCGGGAUAAAGCACUGAGAAUGCUGGGGGAGGCCGUGCGCGAUGGCGGGCAGCACGCACGUGACCCUGUCGGGGGCUCUGUGGAGUUCCAGUUUGUGCCCGUGCUCAAGCUUGUGUCCACCCUGCUGGUGAUGGGCAUCUUUGAUGAUGAGGAUGUGAAACAGAUCUUGAAGAUGAUUGAGCCUGAAGUAUUCACUGAAGAAGAAGAGGAAGAGGAAGAGGAGGAAGAGGAAGAAGAAGAUGAAGAGGAGAAGGAAGAGGAUGAGGAGGAAGAGGCACAGGAGAAGGAAGAUGAGGAAAAAGAGGAAGAGGAGACAGCCGAAGGGGAAAAAGAAGAAGGCCUGGAGGAAGGGCUGCUCCAGAUGAAGUUGCCAGAGUCUGUGAAGUUACAGAUGUGCCACCUGCUGGAGUAUUUCUGUGACCAAGAGCUGCAGCACCGUGUGGAAUCCCUAGCAGCCUUUGCGGAGCGCUACGUGGACAAACUCCAGGCCAACCAGCGGGACCGCUAUGGCCUCCUCAUGAAAGCCUUCACCAUGUCCGCAGCUGAGACUGCCCGACGUACUCGCGAGUUCCGCUCCCCACCCCAGGAGCAGAUAAACAUGCUAUUGCACUUCAAAGAUGGUGAGGAUGACGAAGAUUGUCCUCUCCCUGAAGAGGUCCGGCAGGAUUUGCUUGAAUUUCAUCAAGACUUGCUGGCACACUGUGGAAUUCAGCUGGAGGGAGAGGAGGAGGAGCCAGAGGAAGAGGCCACCCUGGGCAGCCGCCUGAUGAGCCUGUUGGAGAAAGUGAGGCUGGUGAAGAAGAAGGAGGAGAAACCUGAGGAGGAACCACCUGCUGAGGAGGCCAAACCCCAGUCGCUGCAGGAGCUGGUGUCCCACACGGUGGUGCGCUGGGCUCAAGAGGACUUUGUGCAGAGCCCUGAGCUCGUCCGGGCCAUGUUCAGCCUCCUGCACCGGCAGUACGACGGGCUCGGGGAGCUGCUGCGUGCCCUGCCCCGGGCAUACACCAUCUCACCAUCGUCCAUGGAGGACACCAUGAGCUUGCUUGAGUGCCUGGGCCAGAUCCGAUCGCUGCUCAUCGUGCAGAUGGGUCCCCAGGAGGAAAACCUCAUGAUCCAGAGCAUUGGGAACAUCAUGAACAACAAAGUCUUCUACCAACACCCGAACCUGAUGCGGGCACUGGGCAUGCACGAGACAGUCAUGGAGGUCAUGGUGAAUGUCCUCGGUGGUGGCGAAUCCAAGGAGAUCCGCUUCCCCAAGAUGGUCACAAGCUGCUGCCGCUUCCUCUGCUACUUCUGUCGCAUCAGCCGGCAGAACCAGCGCUCCAUGUUCGACCACCUGAGCUAUCUGCUGGAGAACAGUGGCAUUGGCCUGGGCAUGCAGGGCUCCACGCCUCUGGACGUGGCAGCUGCCUCUGUCAUCGACAACAAUGAGCUGGCCUUGGCAUUGCAGGAGCAGGACCUGGAGAAGGUCGUGUCCUACCUGGCGGGUUGUGGCCUUCAAAGCUGCCCCAUGCUCCUGGCCAAAGGGUACCCAGACAUCGGCUGGAACCCUAUUGGCGGUGAGCGCUACCUGGACUUUUUGCGCUUCGCCGUCUUCGUCAACGGUGAGAGUGUGGAGGAGAACGCCAACGUGGUGGUGCGGCUGCUCAUCCGCAAGCCCGAGUGCUUCGGGCCUGCUCUGAGGGGUGAGGGCGGCUCGGGGCUGCUGGCCGCCAUCGAAGAGGCCAUUCGCAUCUCUGAGGACCCGGCGCGGGAUGGCCCGGGCGUCCGCAGGGACCGGCGGCGUGAGCACUUUGGGGAGGAGCCCCCCGAGGAGAGCCGGGUGCACCUGGGACACGCCAUCAUGUCCUUCUACGCUGCCUUGAUCGACCUGCUGGGACGCUGUGCGCCGGAGAUGCAUCUAAUCCAAGCCGGCAAGGGUGAGGCCCUGCGGAUCCGCGCCAUCCUGCGCUCCCUCGUGCCCCUGGAUGACCUUGUGGGCAUCAUCAGCCUCCCGCUGCAGAUCCCCACGCUGGGCAAAGACGGGGCUCUGGUACAGCCAAAGAUGUCGGCAUCUUUCGUGCCGGACCACAAGGCGUCCAUGGUGCUCUUCCUGGACCGGGUGUAUGGCAUCGAGAACCAGGACUUCCUGCUGCACGUGCUGGACGUGGGGUUCCUGCCCGACAUGCGGGCGGCCGCCUCGCUGGACACGGCCACUUUCAGCACCACGGAGAUGGCGCUGGCGCUGAACCGCUACCUGUGCCUGGCGGUGCUGCCGCUCAUCACCAAGUGUGCGCCGCUCUUCGCGGGGACCGAGCACCGCGCCAUCAUGGUGGACUCCAUGCUUCACACGGUGUACCGCCUGUCCCGCGGCCGCUCGCUCACCAAGGCGCAGCGCGACGUCAUCGAGGAAUGUCUCAUGUCGCUCUGCAGGUACAUCCGCCCGUCCAUGCUGCAGCACCUGCUAAGGCGCCUGGUGUUCGACGUGCCCAUCCUUAACGAGUUCGCCAAGAUGCCGCUCAAGCUCCUCACCAACCACUAUGAGCGCUGCUGGAAGUAUUACUGCCUCCCCACAGGCUGGGCUAGCUUCGGGGUCACCUCAGAGGAAGAGCUGCACCUCACCCGUAAACUCUUCUGGGGCAUCUUUGACUCACUGGCCCACAAGAAGUAUGAUCCAGAGCUAUACCGCAUGGCCAUGCCCUGUCUGUGCGCCAUCGCAGGGGCCCUGCCCCCCGACUACGUGGACGCCUCAUAUUCAUCCAAGGCCGAGAAAAAGGCCACGGUGGAUGCUGAAGGCAACUUUGACCCUCGGCCCGUGGAGACCCUCAAUGUGAUCAUCCCAGAGAAGCUGGACUCCUUCAUCAACAAGUUUGCGGAGUACACACAUGAGAAGUGGGCCUUCGACAAGAUCCAGAACAACUGGUCCUAUGGGGAGAACAUAGAUGAGGAACUGAAGACCCACCCCAUGCUGAGGCCCUAUAAGACCUUUUCAGAGAAGGACAAAGAGAUUUACCGUUGGCCCAUCAAGGAGUCCUUGAAGGCCAUGAUUGCUUGGGAAUGGACGAUAGAGAAGGCCAGGGAGGGAGAAGAGGAGAAGACAGAAAAGAAGAAAACGCGGAAGAUAUCCCAAAGUGCCCAGACUUAUGAUCCGCGAGAAGGCUACAACCCCCAGCCCCCGGACCUCAGCGGAGUUACCCUGUCUCGGGAGCUGCAGGCCAUGGCAGAACAACUGGCGGAAAAUUACCACAACACGUGGGGGCGGAAGAAGAAGCAGGAGCUGGAAGCCAAGGGUGGUGGGACCCACCCCCUGCUGGUCCCCUACGACACACUGACAGCCAAGGAGAAGGCACGAGACCGAGAGAAGGCCCAGGAACUGCUAAAGUUCCUGCAGAUGAACGGCUAUGCUGUCACCAGAGGCCUUAAGGACAUGGAGCUGGACACGUCUUCCAUCGAGAAACGGUUCGCCUUUGGCUUCCUGCAGCAGUUGCUGCGCUGGAUGGACAUUUCCCAGGAGUUUAUCGCCCACCUGGAGGCUGUGGUCAGCAGUGGACGAGUGGAAAAGUCCCCCCACGAACAGGAGAUUAAAUUCUUUGCCAAGAUCCUGCUCCCUUUGAUCAACCAGUACUUCACCAACCACUGCCUCUAUUUCCUGUCCACACCGGCCAAAGUGCUGGGCAGUGGUGGCCACGCCUCCAACAAGGAGAAGGAAAUGAUCACCAGCCUCUUCUGCAAGCUUGCGGCUCUUGUACGGCACCGAGUGUCUCUCUUUGGGACGGAUGCCCCAGCUGUGGUCAACUGUCUUCACAUCCUGGCACGCUCCCUGGAUGCCAGGACGGUGAUGAAGUCAGGCCCCGAGAUCGUGAAGGCCGGCCUCCGCUCCUUCUUUGAGAGCGCCUCAGAGGACAUCGAGAAGAUGGUGGAGAACCUUCGUCUGGGCAAGGUGUCCCAAGCACGCACGCAGGUGAAGGGUGUGGGCCAGAACCUCACCUACACCACGGUGGCCCUGCUGCCGGUCCUCACCACGCUUUUCCAGCACAUCGCCCAGCACCAGUUCGGAGACGAUGUUAUCCUGGAUGACGUCCAGGUCUCUUGCUACCGAACGCUGUGCAGUAUCUACUCUCUGGGAACCACCAGGAACCCUUACGUGGAAAAGCUGCGGCCGGCCCUCGGGGAGUGCCUGGCCCGCCUGGCAGCGGCCAUGCCGGUGGCGUUCCUGGAGCCUCAGCUGAACGAGUAUAACGCCUGCUCCGUGUACACCACCAAGUCUCCCCGGGAGCGGGCCAUCCUGGGGCUCCCCAACAGCGUGGAGGAGAUGUGUCCUGACAUCCCGGUGCUGGAGCGGCUCAUGGCGGACAUCGGGGGGCUGGCCGAGUCGGGGGCCCGCUAUACAGAGAUGCCACACGUCAUCGAGAUCACGCUGCCCAUGCUGUGCAGCUACCUGCCGCGCUGGUGGGAGCGCGGGCCCGAGGCUCCCCCGCCCGCCCUGCCCGCGGGGGCGCCCCCGCCCUGCACAGCUGUCACCUCUGACCACCUCAACUCCCUGCUGGGGAAUAUCCUGCGAAUCAUCGUCAACAACCUGGGCAUUGACGAGGCGUCGUGGAUGAAGCGGCUCGCCGUGUUCGCCCAGCCCAUCGUGAGCCGGGCCCGGCCGGAGCUGCUGCAUUCACACUUCAUCCCCACCAUCGGGCGGCUGCGCAAGCGGGCGGGGAAGGUGGUGUCCGAGGAGGAGCAGCUGCGCCUGGAGGCCAAGGCGGAGGCCCAGGAGGGCGAGCUCCUGGUGCGGGAUGAGUUCUCCGUGCUCUGCCGGGACCUGUACGCCCUCUACCCGCUGCUCAUCCGCUACGUGGACAACAACAGGGCGCACUGGCUGACGGAGCCCAACCCCAGCGCCGAGGAGCUGUUCAGGAUGGUGGGCGAGAUCUUCAUCUACUGGUCCAAGUCCCACAACUUUAAGCGUGAGGAGCAGAACUUUGUGGUCCAGAAUGAGAUCAACAACAUGUCAUUUCUGACCGCUGACAACAAGAGCAAAAUGGCCAAGGCGGGAGAUGUACAGUCAGGUGGCUCGGACCAGGAACGCACGAAGAAGAAGCGCCGAGGGGACCGGUACUCUGUGCAGACGUCACUGAUUGUGGCCACGCUCAAGAAGAUGCUGCCCAUCGGCCUGAACAUGUGUGCGCCCACUGACCAGGAGCUCAUCGUGCAGGCCAAGAACCGCUACGCCCUGAAAGACACAGAUGAGGAGGUCCGGGAAUAUCUGCAGAACAACCUUCACCUUCAGGGAAAGGUGGAAGGCUCCCCUUCUUUGCGCUGGCAGAUGGCCCUGUACCGGGGCCUCCCGGGCCGUGAGGAGGACGCCGACGACCCCGAGAAGAUCGUGCGCAGGGUCCAGGAGGUGUCUGCGGUGCUCUACCACCUGGAGCAGAUCGAGCACCCUUACAAAUCCAAGAAGGCCGUGUGGCACAAGCUCUUGUCCAAGCAGCGCCGGAGGGCGGUCGUUGCCUGUUUCCGCAUGACCCCCCUGUACAACCUGCCCACGCACCGUGCAUGUAACAUGUUCCUGGAGAGCUACAAGGCCGCAUGGAUCCUGACCGAAGACCACAGUUUUGAAGACCGCAUGAUAGAUGACCUUUCAAAAGCUGGGGAGCAGGAGGAGGAGGAGGAGGAGGUGGAAGAGAAGAAGCCUGACCCCCUGCACCAGCUGGUCCUGCACUUCAGCCGCACUGCCCUGACUGAAAAGAGCAAACUGGACGAGGAUUACCUGUAUAUGGCGUAUGCCGACAUCAUGGCAAAGAGCUGCCACUUGGAGGAGGGAGGGGAGAACGGCGAAGCCGAAGAAGAGGAAGUUGAGGUGUCCUUUGAGGAGAAAGAGAUGGAGAAGCAGAGGCUCCUGUACCAGCAGGCGCGGCUGCACAACCGGGGAGCCGCGGAGAUGGUGCUCCAGAUGAUCAGCGCCUGCAAAGGAGAGACGGGCGCCAUGGUGUCCUCCACCCUGAAGCUGGGCAUCUCCAUCCUAAAUGGAGGCAAUGCUGAUGUGCAACAGAAAAUGCUGGAUUACCUGAAGGACAAGAAGGAAGUUGGCUUCUUCCAGAGUAUCCAGGCGCUGAUGCAAACAUGCAGCGUCCUGGAUCUCAACGCCUUCGAGAGACAGAACAAGGCAGAGGGGCUGGGCAUGGUGAACGAGGAUGGAACCGUCAUCAACCGCCAGAACGGAGAGAAGGUCAUGGCAGACGAUGAGUUCACCCAAGAUCUGUUCCGUUUUCUGCAAUUGCUCUGCGAGGGGCACAAUAAUGAUUUCCAAAAUUACCUACGGACACAGACAGGGAACACGACCACCAUUAACAUCAUCAUCUGCACGGUGGACUACCUCCUGCGGCUGCAGGAGUCCAUCAGCGACUUCUACUGGUACUACUCCGGCAAGGAUGUCAUUGAGGAGCAGGGCAAGAGGAACUUUUCCAAGGCCAUGUCGGUCGCUAAACAGGUGUUCAACAGCCUCACCGAGUACAUCCAGGGCCCCUGCACCGGGAACCAGCAGAGCCUGGCGCACAGCCGCCUCUGGGACGCCGUGGUGGGAUUCCUGCACGUGUUUGCCCACAUGAUGAUGAAGCUCGCUCAGGACUCGAGCCAGAUCGAGCUGCUGAAGGAGCUGCUGGACCUACAGAAGGACAUGGUGGUGAUGUUGCUGUCGCUACUAGAAGGGAACGUGGUGAAUGGCAUGAUUGCCCGGCAGAUGGUGGACAUGCUUGUGGAAUCCUCAUCCAACGUGGAGAUGAUCCUCAAGUUCUUCGACAUGUUCCUGAAACUCAAGGACAUCGUGGGCUCUGAGGCCUUCCAGGACUACGUCACCGAUCCCCGUGGCCUCAUCUCCAAGAAGGACUUCCAGAAGGCUAUGGACAGCCAGAAGCAGUUCACGGGCCCCGAAAUCCAGUUCCUGCUUUCCUGCUCCGAAGCGGAUGAGAACGAGAUGAUCAACUGUGAGGAGUUCGCCAACCGCUUCCAGGAGCCAGCCCGCGACAUCGGCUUCAACGUGGCGGUGCUGCUGACCAACCUGUCCGAGCACGUGCCCCACGACCCGCGCCUGCGCAACUUCCUGGAGCUGGCGGAGAGCAUCUUGGAGUACUUCCGGCCCUACCUGGGCCGCAUCGAGAUCAUGGGCGCCUCGCGCCGCAUCGAGCGUAUCUACUUCGAGAUCUCGGAAACCAACCGCACCCAGUGGGAGAUGCCUCAGGUGAAGGAGUCCAAGCGCCAGUUCAUCUUCGACGUGGUCAACGAGGGCGGCGAGUCCGAGAAGAUGGAGCUCUUCGUGAGCUUCUGCGAGGACACCAUCUUCGAGAUGCAGAUCGCCGCGCAGAUCUCCGAGCCCGAGGGCGAGCCCGAGGAGGACGAGGACGACGGCGCGGCCGAGGCGGCGGCGGCGGCGGCGGACGGCGCGGAGGAGGGCGCGGCGGGGCCCGAGGGCGCGGCGGGGCCGGCGGCGGCGGGCGUGACGGCGCGCGCGGCGGCGGCGGCUGCGCGUGCGCUGCGCGGCCUCAGCUACCGCAGCCUGCGGCGGCGCGUGCGGCGGCUGCGGCGGCUCACGGCGCGCGAGGCGGCGGCGGCGGUGGGCGCGCUGCUCUGGGCGGCGGUGGCGCGCGCGGCGGGCGCGGGCGCGGGGGCGGCGGCGGGCGCGCUGCGCCUGCUCUGGGGCUCGCUCUUCGGCGGCGGCCUCGUGGAGGGCGCCAAGAAGGUGACGGUGACCGAGCUCCUGGCGGGCAUGCCCGACCCCACGGGCGACGAGGUGCACGGCGAGCAGCCAGCCGGGCCCGGUGGCGAGGCGGACGGCGAGGGCGCGGGCGAGGGCGCGGGCGACGAGGCGGAGGGCGCGGGCGACGAGGAGGCGGCGGCGCACGAGGCGGUCCCGGGAGGCGCCGACGGGGCCGUGGCCGUGGCCGAGGGGGGCCCCUUCCGGCCCGAAGGGGCGGGCGGCCUCGGGGACAUGGGCGACACGACGCCGGCGGAGCCUCCCACGCCCGAGGGCUCCCCCAUCAUCAAGAGGAAGCUGGGGGUGGAUGGAGAGGAAGAGGAGCUGCCUCCAGAGCCCGAGCCCGAGCCGGAGCCGGAGCCGGAGCCAGAGAAAGCCGAUGCUGAGAAUGGGGAGAAGGAAGAAGUCCCCGAACCCCCACCAGAGCCCCCCAAGAAGACAGCACCUUCUCCGCCCCCUCCAAAGAAGGAGGAGGCUGGAGGCGGGGGUUUGGAAUUCUGGGGAGAACUGGAAGUGCAGAGGGUGAAGUUCUUGAACUACCUCUCCCGGAACUUCUACACCCUGCGAUUCCUUGCUCUCUUCUUGGCAUUCGCCAUCAACUUCAUCUUGCUGUUUUAUAAGGUCUCAGACUCUCCACCAGGGGAGGACGACAUGGAGGGCUCAGCAGCUGGGGACCUGUCAGGCGCAGGGUCUGGCGGCGGCUCUGGCUGGGGCUCGGGGGCCGGCGAGGAGGCGGAGGGUGACGAGGACGAGAACAUGGUGUACUACUUCCUGGAGGAGAGCACGGGCUACAUGGAGCCUGCCUUGCGUUGCUUGAGCCUACUCCAUACGUUGGUGGCCUUUCUCUGCAUCAUUGGCUACAACUGCCUUAAGGUGCCCCUGGUGAUCUUUAAACGGGAGAAGGAGCUGGCCCGGAAGCUGGAGUUUGAUGGCCUCUACAUCACGGAACAGCCUGAGGACGAUGACGUGAAGGGGCAGUGGGACCGACUGGUGCUCAACACGCCGUCUUUCCCCAGCAACUACUGGGACAAGUUUGUCAAGCGGAAGGUCCUGGACAAGCAUGGGGACAUCUAUGGGCGGGAGCGGAUCGCCGAGCUGCUGGGCAUGGAUCUGGCCACACUGGAGAUCACAGCCCACAACGAGCGUAAGCCUGAACCACCACCGGGGCUGCUCACCUGGCUCAUGUCCAUUGACGUCAAGUACCAGAUCUGGAAGUUUGGGGUCAUCUUCACAGACAAUUCUUUCCUAUACCUGGGCUGGUACAUGGUGAUGUCCCUCCUGGGACACUACAACAACUUCUUCUUUGCGGCCCACCUCCUGGACAUUGCCAUGGGGGUCAAGACGCUGCGCACCAUCCUGUCCUCCGUCACCCAUAAUGGGAAGCAGCUGGUGAUGACCGUGGGCCUCCUGGCGGUGGUGGUCUACCUGUACACCGUGGUGGCCUUCAACUUCUUCCGCAAGUUCUACAACAAGAGUGAGGAUGAGGACGAGCCCGACAUGAAGUGUGACGACAUGAUGACGUGCUACCUGUUUCACAUGUACGUGGGUGUCCGAGCUGGUGGGGGCAUCGGGGAUGAGAUUGAGGACCCGGCAGGCGACGAAUACGAGCUGUACCGGGUGGUCUUCGACAUCACCUUCUUCUUCUUUGUCAUCGUCAUCCUGCUGGCCAUCAUCCAGGGUCUGAUCAUUGACGCUUUUGGCGAGCUCCGAGACCAACAAGAGCAAGUGAAGGAAGAUAUGGAGACCAAGUGCUUCAUCUGCGGCAUCGGCAGCGAUUACUUCGAUACGACACCACACGGGUUUGAGACCCACACUCUAGAGGAGCACAACCUGGCCAAUUACAUGUUUUUUCUGAUGUAUUUGAUAAAUAAGGAUGAGACAGAACACACGGGCCAGGAGUCUUACGUCUGGAAGAUGUACCAAGAGAGAUGCUGGGAUUUCUUCCCAGCUGGCGACUGUUUCCGCAAGCAGUACGAGGACCAGCUUAGCUGAGACACCCCCAGCUGGCCCUUCACCCCCACCUCAAGUGCCUUAUACUCACAGCAAGUCCCUUAGUCCCAAACCCCGCCCCCAACGGCAGCUGGGGGACAGGUGACCAUGUACUGGAGAAAUAAAGUCUGUGCUACACUCCUGA